AUGAAGGGAUUUGAGGAGUGGCUACGCAAGUCGUUUCUGCACGUCAUAUUCAGCGACUCAGGAGGCAGGACACGUUGGGUCACCUUUGACGGCCCCCGCGACCGUGAAAAUCUGGUCUAUGAGUUCGGUUAUCUCUGGGAUCACAUCUUUCAUGUCAUGCGCCAGUUCUUGAUCGAAAUCCACUACACCAACGACAUCGACCUGACUGGAGACACCCUUCGCCCUCACACUGAGCAUGAGGUCUAUGUCAACCGCAAGAAGCUCCUCAUCGCUCCCUCAGGUCCGGAAGACUGCUCUGCUACGACUCCUGUCGAUGAAUACAAGCUGGCUUGGUGGGAGCAUCGUAAGCUCAUUCUGCAAAGGAGCACUGGAAGACGCGAGGGUGUGGCAUGGCUCCUGCAGGACAGAGAGGAGAUGGACGAAUUGGCCCGCAGGUACCCGGAUGCCAAAGCAACAUUGCGUCGCCCCUUCAUGAUGCCCGCCAUACAGUUCCGUCGAGUUGGGCUUGUACAAGAGACGACAAAGAAGACUGCAACAGACGCUUACACCAAGGGGUGUGGCAAAUAUUUGUAG